UCUACCAAUAGGCUGGCUCCGGCCGUGCCGCGCCAUCACAUACCGAUCUCGCUGGGCGGAAUUGGACGGUACUCCCGCCGUGCAGCGUCGUUUCCUCCCGCCUGAUAUGCCUUUCAACUAGCCGUCGGUGUCCGUGCUUGCAGCACACUAUCACUCUUUCGUGUGAAACACUUGAGAGGGGUUCUUGAAACUCGAGUCCCUGGUUCUUAAAGCCCGGCAUUUUAUCGCCUACCGGAACGAGCACUGAGUAGCCUACUCGCCUCCCGUUUUUGAACCUGGUAGUGAGCACCUCACGCAGUGACGUACCUCCCUAUAUACGAGUUUCGAUAUAAGCGACCUCAUCGCGCGCUGACGUGAAGAGGCCUAGACCCCGCAAAUUGCCACGUCAGCGGCUCGUCGCGAUGGUGUUUUACUUUAAAGUUCGACCCGAGGCGGGCGACUUUACGAUCUACAUGGGCCUGGACAAAUUCGAGAACGAGCAGCUUAUCAAAUAUGGAUUCCCAGAAGACAUAUGGUUCCACGUGGACAAGCUGUCCUCUGCACACGUGUACCUGCGGCUGCGCAAGGGACAAGGCAUUGAUGACGUCACCCCAGAGAUGCUGGAGGAUUGCGCGCAGCUGGUGAAAGCCAACUCGAUCCAGGGCAACAAGCUGAACAACAUCGAUGUUGUCUACACGCCUUGGUCCAACCUCAGGAAAGCAGCUUCGAUGGAUGUGGGGCAGAUUGGCUUCCAUAACCCCAAGGCGGUGCGCAGCGUGCGCGUGGAGAAGCGGCUCAACGAGGUGGUGAACCGGCUCAAUAAGACCAAGGCUGAGAGGACACCUGAUCUGCAAGCUGAGAAGGAAGCCAGAGAGGCAGAGGACAGAGCAGCGAGGAAGGCAGUUCUGAGGGAGCAGGCUCGGCGGGAGCAGGAGGAAAAAGCGCUGAAGCAGCGACAGGCGGAGUUACGGAGUUACAAGGGCAUAAUGGUGGAGAAGAAGAUGACGUCAAAUAAAGAUAUUGCUGCUAAGAUGGAGGGGAAAUCCGUGCAGGAUGUAGAGGACGAUUUUAUGUGACAAACACAUUGUGACAUCAUUCUGCCGCACUUAUUCAAGGGUGUUGCAUUCUUUCUAGAGAAGUAGGAACUAAAUUUGUUUUAGUGUGUUCGCUUGUCGUGUAAUAGAGCAGUGUAAGAGGUGGUUCUACGAGGAGUGUAACAGGGC